CCGCCUUAGCUUUCUGUAUAUAUACGUUACAAGACUUUCUAACAAGUCUCACAAUUUGCUUCUGCUGCAAUUAUUCUACACCAUACUUAAACCCUAAUUCGUGUCAUCUUCAAUUCUUGCUUGUCAGUUUUCGUCCCGAUUUUCGUCUCGAUGGAUCAACCGACGGAGAGGCGAAGCGGAGUCUCCCACCGCUGCCGGUUAUCUACAUUAGCCGUGAUUGAGCCUGAAACUGAGUUGCCAUGUACCCAAUUCUUGAUCACUGUCAAGUCCACAACAUUUACUAUUAAUCACCCCUCGGAUGAAGAAAACGACGCCGUUUUACCGCCAACUUCAGAAUACUACUCGCACGAGCUCCAACUUGACCUACUGAUGGACGAAAAUGCGUCGAGGGCAAAGCUCGCCGAGGCUCUGCUUUCCGAGCUGCAUUGCCCGCCGGAGCUCUGCGCAACCAUGGUGGAUAAGGUAGCAAACGGCGCCGUUGCGGAAGAGGCUAGUUCCCGCCCUUUCUCGGACUUCAUGGUCGUUCACAUCGAGGCGUGCAUCGAUGUUUUCGUCGAGCAGUUCGGGGGCUCCGAGGAGGAGGAGGCGGCCGCCCCGAAAUUCGUGCCGGCGAGCAGGGCGGCGAUUUCGAAGCUGGAGACGGCGACGGUGGAAGAAUCGGCGGUGUGCGCGGUUUGUUUGGAGGAGAUGGCCGUUGGAUCGGACGCCACGUGUAUGCCGUGCUCGCAUCUUUAUCACCGGGGCUGCAUUGUGGAGUGGCUACAGAAGAGCAGGAUUUGCCCGAUGUGUCGGUUUUCUCUGCCCGCCGAUCUGUCGGGUCGGAAAACCGGAUCUUUUAUUUUGUUGCCCGAUUAGACAACGGACACCGAAGUGUUUGUUGAAAUGCCUUUGAGAGGAUACGGCACCAAAUAUCACUUGCCCGUUUGAUAUUCUUUAUUUCUUUAUUUUUUUUUAGUCUGUGGAUGGAUGUAAUUUGAUGGUUCUUUAUUUUUGUUAUUAAUGAAUAUGAUUGUUCCUAAUUUCCAA